GAAUUAAUGGCACCUCAUCUCUAACAGCCAGCAGGAGCAUCUCGUGUGAAGACUGAAUUCUCUGCACACCGUGGAGUCUCUGGACGACCUCACUGCAUCCAGUUUGACUCCAGCAUCUGUCCAGUGCAGUGCUGUGGCUUCUGUUUCAAUCCAGUGCAAGGCAGUGGCAUUACUCCAGUGUGAUAGCAGUGAAGAACAUUUCCAGGCUGAACCACAUCAGCAUUGAGGCAUUUUCUAGGUUUGCGUUUUGUUCUCAUUGCAGUUUAUUUCCAUGUCUUUUUGCUGCCUGUAUUCUGUGACUUUACCUUGGGGCUUUUGUGUGCCCCUACCGCCCCAUGAAUGCACGGUUGCAUUCUUACUCUAGCUGGUACCACUGCUCUCCACCAUAAGGAGGACGCAGGACAAGCUUUGAAGGGCUUCUAGGCAUCGCCUCUUGCACUGUGCAUGGUGCUUUAUUUAACCUGUUUUUCUGUUCUUGACUUUGAAACCUUCAUCGACUGGGUUCUAUUAUCACAAAGUCCACUGACAACAUGGAGAAGCUGUGCUGGAACUGGUGGUGGACCUUUGGAGUUGUUUUGCUGCUUCACUGGGCAGCGGGAGACACAGGCAGCAAAGCCAAAAGCUGUUCAGAGGUGAAGCAGGUGUACAGUUCCAAGGGCUUUGGUUUGAGUGGAGUGCCCCAGUCGGAGAUUUCAGGAGAGCACCUUAGGAUCUGUCCUCAAGGCUAUACCUGCUGCACCUCAGAGAUGGAGGAGAACUUUGCCAACACAAGCAAACUAGAGUUGGAAGCAAGGCUAAAAGAAUCCAGUCUGUCUAUUCAGGGAUUAUUCGUUGCACAGCACAGAACCUUUGACCUUUACUUCCAGAACCUGUUGAAUAAAUCAGAGCAGAUUCUUCAGGAAACAUUUCCAAAUAUGUAUGGGGACCUUUAUAACAAGAAUGAAAGAAGAUUCAAAGACUUAUACACUGAACUGCGCCGGUAUUACCGCGGCUCUGGAAUCAGUCUGGAAGAGUCAUUGCAUGAUUUCUGGAGCCACUUGCUGGAGAUCUUAUUCAAGGCACAGAACGUGCAGGUUUCUUUCACAGAAGAGCCUGAGGACUGCUUGAAGUUGUUUGGGGACAUCCCGCGUGAAAUGAAGCUGAAAGUGACCCGGGCGUUUAUUGCGGCCAGAUCCUUUGUGCAAGGAUUGAGUGCUGCUGCUGAUAUUGUCAGGAAGGUUUCUCAGGUUCCUAUGAGCCAGGAAUGUACGCGUGCCCUGCUGAAACUUCAGUAUUGCCCACACUGCCGGGGCCUGUCCAGCACAAAGCCAUGCGUCAACUAUUGCUGGAACGUUAUAUGUGGGUGUUUGGCCAAUCAGGCUGACCUGGAUUCUGAGUGGAAAAAUCUUAUUGACUCCCUCAUGUUGGUGGCAGAUAAGUUUAGGGGUGCAUCGAACGUGGUCAACAUCAUGGGGUCGAUCCACAUAAAGAUCUCAGAAGCAAUAACUUACAUGCAGAAAAACCAAGAUGAUGUAGCAGACCAGGUUUUGGCUAGCUGCGGCGUAAAGAACCGUAAAGGUCUUAAAGCCGACGAGAUAAAGAGAAAAGUGAAGGUUCCUCAGGAAGAUAAAACUGCUGUUGUGUCCGCAGAGAACUUGGUCUCGGAGGUUAAAGUAAUGUUGAACGACAUCCAAGAUUUUUGGGUUUCUCUUCCAAAUAUAUUCUGCAAUGAAAAGGUUACCGCAGGCCCAACUAAUGAAGACAAGUGCUGGAAUGGAAAUACUAAGGGAAGGUAUAUGCCUGAGCGUAUGGGCAGCGGACUCGCUAAUCAAAUUAAUAACCCUGAGGUCGAUGUUGACAUUACGAAGCCUGAUGUGAACAUCCGUCAGCAUAUUAUGCAGCUGAAGAUUAUGACAAACCGCCUGCGGAAUGCAUACAAUGGGAAUGAUGUUGACUUUCAAGACGCCAGUGACGAUGCGAGCGGUUCCGGAAGCGGCGAUGGCUGCAGUGAUGAUACCUGUGAAAAAAAGACUUACAGGGAUUCUACCAUGGUACAGCAGCCACCGAUACACGUAAUCCCAAAUAAGCAAGGAAACGAUGUGUCUGGCAAAGGCUCCAUUCUUUAUUCAUGGGACUUUUUACUGCUUCUCCUGGCUCUGCUGGUGGCUAGGUGGUAACGCGCAGACUGUUAUAAUAAAGGGAAUGCCAUUUCUUUUUUUUGCUCACAAUAAACUUGAUCUCCUCAUAAUUUGGAAGCAGGUAUGGGAAGUGCUGGUAUGGGACACCUUAACACUGUGCUCUUCCAUAGGCUCACACUGCCUCUGUACCUCUAGGAUGUUUUUGUAAGUGUGUGUAUUUUAUUUUGCAAUACAGUUAAACCAUGAAUGGCUGUUUUGGUUUUCCUCCUUGGUUGACAGGACACAAUAUUUAUAAGUGAUGUAAAUUUCACUAAUAUUGCGUCAUUUUUUUAUGAUUAAAUACCUAAAAUAAAAUUAAAAAAAAUAUUUAUUAGUUUAAAAGAGAUAAAAUUCUAUCCAUUUGCGGAAAAGCAAUUUAUGCAAUUUCUUUUACUUUCUUUAUAAAAUAUUGACUUGUAUUAUUUCUG